GUUCCCGCUAACUGGUGUUUAGGCAUCGGUUCGCCUCCCCCCGCGAGCGGCGACGGGUGUCGCAGCAUGGAGGCAGGAGAGGCCGAGCCCCGAGAGCUGCCUUCCCCAGCCGUCGGCUCCCGAGCGGAUGUAGAGGAAGGCAACCCAGACAGAGGGAUGCUUGAAAGCGGUCUUCCCGACAACAUUGAGGCUGCAAAGCCACUGGACUCUGCAGAAAAGAUGGUGGGAAUCCUAGCGGCCACAGACUGCCUUCCAAAGGACAGCGGGGCUCCCAGUGAGACUUUACAAAUGGUCCACAGGAGGGAACAGGAGCCGGAUGCCUCAAGUGCUAGUGGCCGUAGGGCAACUCAGAGCUCUCCGCUGCGCUGCCCUCUCUGGGGAGAAGAGAUGUCAGGGGUCCCAAACCCACAGAGCUCCCCCUUGAACUGGAAUGGGGCAUCUAAAGCACCAGGAAGUCGUCGGGAAGAGCACUCUUGGAACCCUGGCUCCAGCCUUCCUACUGGGACGCACGAAGCCAUCAGUGCAUUUCUUUCCUCCUGCUGGAGUGAGUUGAAGACUGAGCCCCCACCUGCAAAUAACUUGAGCAAGCCAUCUCAGCAGGGCAGCAGAGAAUCAGAGGCUAUGGCUACUGAAGACAUGCCCCCCAAUGGCGGGGAGGCCUCUGACACCAAACAGCCCCACUGGGGUUGCCGAAAGCCAGAGUCUGUUGGCUCCAAUUCGCCGCCUGCUGGACCCGCAGAGGACGACGACCCUGCUGUCCUAGCCAUGUUCCAUGCCGUGGCCAACAGCCGCUUGCCUGUGCGGAGCCAGCAGAAGGACGAGCCGGAUUUCACGCCCGCGCAGAAGCUGGCUAUCUUGCAGGAUUUGUACCACAGCAAGCCGCUGGUGUUCCUGGAGCGAUUCCGGACGGUCCUGCGGGAGGAACACCUGCCUUGCUUCCGCCACCUCUCCGGCAGCUACGAGGCAGACUUCUACUGCGCAGAAGUGCGCAGGGCCGGCCUGGGCAAGACGCGCCACACCCGGGUGCGGAACAAGCGCUACGCAGCCCUGCAGCAGCUCAUCCAAGGUGGGGAGUACUUCAGCGACGAGCAAAUGCGCUGCCGGGACCCACUUCUUUAUGAGCAGUACAUCGGGCAGUACCUGAGCGACGAGGAGAUGCAGGCCCUGGGCAGCGGCAAGCUGGCGGCCUCCUGCUCUCUCUCGGGCGUCCUCCUGGACUCCUACCAGGAGCAGGUCAUCCAGCGGCGGCUGCAGGUCCAGCAGGAGCAGGAGGAGGCCUGCGAAGAGGAGGAAGAGGAAGACAGCGAUGAUGAAGACAAGGCCUCUGACCUGGAUAUGGAGGAGUGGGUUCCCGAACAGGAGGAGAAGGCCUACCUGCGGGAAGAGUUCACCAGCCGCAUGUACCAGCGCUUCCUCGACGGCAAGGAUAGGGACUUCAACUACAGUGAGGUUGACGAGAACCCCGACUUUGACAACCUAGACAUCGUGUCGCGGGAUGAGGAGGAGCGCUACUUCGACGGGGACGAUCCAGAAGACGCAGAUGCUAUGGAAGCAGAGUAGAUGGGACUGAGAUCCUGACCCCCCAAGGCAGAGGGUGCCAGAAUGCAGCGGCAAGGAGCCAUGCGUUGGCUAUUUCCUUCCCAUCUUGUGCAACCUCUCUCCUCCCGGACUAGGUGGCUCUGCCUGAUAGAGUGGCAUUGGAGCGUAGGAUGAGUUGUCUAUGGCAAUGGAUGGUUUGUGAUGCCUGCAGCAUCUUCUGCACCCUGCGACUCCUGAGCUCCCCACUUCCCAGUUCUAAAGAGGGGGAAGAAGAGAAUGUCGCUCUCUGGGACUGGUCAUCGGCUGUCUGGAUCAGAAGCCCCAGAGCAGAUCUUGGCUUCCCUUCCGUGGCGCCACCUUCGCUUCUGGACAUCCCUGUUGUAGAGAUGUGUCUCUGUUUCUUUCCCAUGGCCUGUAAGAAACGGAUCUUCCGUGUUGGAGAUGGGGGUAGCCUGAAGCCCAGACCCUCCGGUGCGAGGGACAUUGCUGGCUGGCAAGUUGGCUUUUUGCAGUAUCUGACUAUGACCGAUUGAUCAUUAUUUUUCGCAGCGUUUGACAGCUGAAAAUAAACAACCUUUUAAGUAAUUUGUUGGGUGGUCUCUUCAAAGUGAGAAGGAACUUUGCCCCCAUCUUGAUUUUGUUCUGCAUUUCCUUAACUGACUUGCUCACCAUUCCCAGUGGAUCAAGGCCACAUUUAUUUACAUUACUGCACCAUAUCAAAAGUUUAUCAUCAUCAUCAUCUGCUUUCCCCAGCCACUCUGGGCAGCUUACAGCAUAUUUAAAACAAGGUGCCCCUAAGUCAGGGAUGAGGAACCUGUGGCCCUCCAGGUGUUGCAGGACUACAACUCCCAUUGUCGCUAUCCCUUUGUCCUUGUCAGCUACAGCUGAUGGGAAUUUCGGAGCUCAGCACCAGUUUCCCAUCUCUGCCCUAAAGGGUUACCACUUAGGAAAGGGAAGAUGGGAAGAGGGUGCAAGUGAUAUUUGGAAUUAGAGUUUUCCUUCUCCUAGAUGGGCUCCCUUCCCAGGUGGAUGAGUCCCCUCUGCCCCUUACUUCUCUCCGCAGCAUGCGCAGAAGCCGCCUUCUUGACCAUGGGCCACACUAUUGGUCUUGUCCGUGCUCAUUCUGCUGGAGCCUACGAGUCCCUAACACCGAGGAUCUGAGACCCAUCAGCUCCCCUCCCCUGGUUUAGCUGGCCAGUCAAAGCCAUUCCCAGGGUGUGGCUACUGUCGCAUGCUGACAGCUUCUGGAAGCCCCAGGUGAGAGCGGAAUGCAGGGCGGGGACCAAAGGGGGGCAAACUACCCCAGAACGAGCACCCCCCCACCAGAGGUAUCACCCCUCCCCUAACAGCCAAGAUAUACUCCUCCAAAGGCACACUUCUCCAUUGUCUCCUGAGACAGACGGGUGCCAACCAUGAUCUUUGUAACUGGUUUUACUUCUAGCCGUGGAACCCUGCAUUCUCAUAGUCUCCUUUCAACAUUCCCCUCGCUGAUAGACAAGUGUCGCUUGACUCUUUGCUGUGUUCUCUGCCCAACCCAGCCACUACAUUGGCGUCAUUCUUUUAUGCCGCAGGAGCUGAAGAGCCCUCCGCCUCUCUGGCAGGGAAAUCUUCGACGGCUCCUUUUUUCUGCCUGGCAGGCUCCUUCCAACAAAAGCUUAGGAGCCAGGAUGUUUGAAAAGUUGGCGAUCCCGGUUUGAUCAGAAGGCCUGGAGAUUUAAACCUCUUAGGUGCUGCCUUCAGCUGCAGCAAUGGAAUAAGACCUGUUUGGAAGAGGGCAGACUGAAGGCUGGAAUAUAGAAUCCCUGGGUGGAGUUUCUUACUCUUGAGGAUGAAGGGUGCUAGUGAUGUCUCCCCUUUUGAAAGCAAAUGCCAGGAACUGAACCUUGACCAGCUGCAGCCAGCAGGGGGCAGCAACUACUAUGUAACCCAGAGCCAGGAUUCCUGGGUUCUCUCUCCCCUGCUAUUGGAGAGGAGUGGCGUAAGUGCUGAGAGAUGGUUCGGGAGACCAGUCCUACAACAACCCAAGCCGAGUCGCUCGCCGCAUCUCAGUUCCGUAAUGGUCAGCGUUCCUCCUUUAGCUGUCGUAAAAAUAAUUCAGUGCUGUGUUUCCAGGGAAGUUUGCAAAAACAGAACAACAAAAUCACAACGGUGAACUAAAAUGCCGUAUGCAUGACAAAAGGGAACGGCAAAGAGCUGGAGAAUAAAGCAGUUUAAAGGAUAUAACUCGAAAAGCCUGGGAACCCUAAGAAGAUCCUCACAUAACCACCGGAAGUAAAAUCAUGGCGGCUCCAGGCCUAGCUCCUAGGGUUGGCGUGGAGAGAAUUCCAUAGCUCUCCAAUUGCUGCUUGCCUCACCUCAAGCUGGGCUGCACCUGCAGCAGAGCUUUUAGUGACAAUCUCAGAGGACAGGAAGGUUGAUGAGGAGAGCCUCCCGUUUUCCUCCUCACUGCCAGGAAAUCCAACUUUUAUGACAUGAUAUCAUAAAUUUAGGACAGGGGUGGGGGAACCUGCCUGACCCUGUGGGCCAGAUUUUUAUCUCCUCCUCCCCACAGUCCAACUUAAGCAGCGGGGACUUCAGUUGUGCUUUCUCCAGGCUUUAUGUGGCAGGGGGUUGGACUGGAUGGCCCUUGUGGUCUCUUCCAACUCUUAUGAGUCCAUGGUUCUAUGUUUCCCAGGGAGCUCCCAUUUGAGGACAUUGUUCAUGCACCUGAGCCAAGCGGGAAUGAACUCCCAUCAGCUGAUGCGCAAGGAGUUUGAACCUGCUUUCUGCAGGCUUUGGGCCGCAUCUCUACAUGCCCCACGCCUGACAUCACAUAUGAUGUGUCAGGUGUGGGGCAGGGGGAGGUGGUUUUUUGGGAAAGGCCUUGUGGGUCAAAUGUAGAAGGCUGGGAAGCCAAAUUUGGCCUGUGGGCCAACUUCCUGUGUUUGGAUGUUAUUAUCCUGUUCUUGCAGCACACAACCAGAAGCCUGUGGGAAGCCCCAAAGGAAGAUAUGAGUGCAUAAGAUCAUUAUAUGAGGCUACUGGAUGAGGCCAGUGGCCCAACUAGUCCAGCAUCCUGUUCUCAGAGUGGCCAAGCACAUGCCUACAGGAAGCGUGCAAGCAGGAGUUCCACACAAGAGUGUCUCCACCCCCAUCGUUCAGCCCGGACACCGAGGUCCAGCUCUGAGGGCCUUCUGGCAAUUCCCUCAUUGCGAGAAGUAAAGUUACAGGGAACAAGGCAGAGGGCCUUCUUGGUAGUGGCGCCUGCCCUGUGGAACGCCCUCCCAUCAGAUGUCAAGGAAAUAAACACUAUCUGACUUUUAGAAGUAAAAUAAAAAAAUUCCUUCAGUAGCACCUUAAAGACCAACUAAGUUUUUAUUUUGGUAUGAGCUUUCGUGUGCAUGCACACUUC